UCAACACACUCUCAAUCGGAAGAGAGACCUUCAACUAUUUUAUAUUUUUUUAUUAUUGUUUUUCGUUUCCGUCUUCCCCCCCUUUUCUCGUUCGUGAUAAACAACAACCUUGCGAAAAUCAUACCCGGCCUUGCGAUAAUAUUACUCGUAUAUUCUUAAUACUAAUCCCUAUUUGGGUUGUAUCGAUAACUAUUCCCUCAAUCAAUCAAGCCAUCUGCCCGACCGCCUUUGAUCUCAAACCCUCUUCCGCAUUCGUAUCCAAGACAACCUAAUCUAAGAAAUUGUGUCUUGGUUCUCGUUUCUCCUGGAAACGAAACAGUGUCUUACCCCUUACCCUGCCAGCUGCCAGCUGCCCGCCCUGGGUACUUAGUUUGCGCGUCUUUGCCCAAGCUGCUUGUCGACCAUCUUUCUUGAUACCACAAGUAAUCUCUACACACUUUAAUCCGGUCUGGCCGGUCAAUAGUAUUCAAGAUGGCGCGUUCAAACGCAUAUCUCGCGCCUCUCUCCCUCAUCUUCCUCGCCGGCUCCUUAGUGAUGAUGUUCUUCGUGAUCCUAUCAGCCGUCACCGACACGUCGCCCCUAAGACAAACCUACUUCCUGUCGGCUCAGACCGGCGGCAUAACGGGCGCCCGCUCCGUCACUCAAUGGACCUACUUCUAUAUUUGUGGCGAAGGCAACACCGACUGUAGCAGCGCAUGGCCUGCCCCUCCCCUGGGUUGGGGCUGGUCCGCAAACCCGAAUAAUGCGCCCUCUUCUUUGAUCGGUACCUAUGGCGGCGACACUACAAGCUUCUACUACUACUACAUGUGGCGGUUCGGCUGGGUCUUCUACUUAAUCGCGCUGGUGUUCUCCGUGCUUGCCUUCUUCGCAGGCUUCGUGGCAUGCUGCGGACGCUUAGGCUCGGCCAUCGCAGGACUAGGAGCUCUCAUCGCCUUGUUCUUCCACACCAUCGCCGUGUCGCUGAUGACAGCCGUCUUCGUUAAAAUGCGUAAUGCGUUCAUUGCGAGCGGCCGUGAUGCUAGCCUUGGUCGAUGGGCCUUCGGCUUUAGCUGGGGUAGCUGGGCCGCCUUGUUGAUCGCCACGAUACUCUUCUGUCUGGGUAUCCGCGGUAGCAAUGGUGAGGGUCACACCGGUCGUAGAUGGGGCCGUCAGAGGAGUGUGCGGAGCCACCGAAGCUACGAUAUGAACGGCCGACGUGUUAAGGAAGAGUACGCCUAAGUAAGAAUUUCGGGGGUUAUAGCAACCUGAGUACGAAAGAUGAACUAAAUCAAGAAACCCAAAUUGCGGCAGAUGAAGUAGUAUGAACCGACAGAUGGAGAUUUUGAGAGUGCGCAGACCACCUCACGCUUCAAGUUUUACGCGUUUUACAUGAAGCUUGGCAUAAUGGAUAAUAACGACGAUAAUGACCGACGCAAAGUUACGUACGAGGUAUCGUGAGCAAGGAUACGGAGGAACAGCAAGGAACAGACCAGCAGACAGACAAGGACGGAAGGAUGAACAGUGGAGGAUGUAAUAAUAGGGAUACCACAGCCAUAAGUUGCGCCUAUGCUCUAUGUAUGCUACAGGUACUUUUGUGCUUACUCGGUCGUUAUGGUAGAUGAUUAAUUGAUUGAGAUUAUCUGGCCAGCUUGCAGGCUUGAGAUAUAUCGUGAGAGGGGAAUACUCGUGAUGUUGUUUUGAAGAGGAUGUUUGACUGAGGCAUUGAGAUAUUAUUGUGCUUCAUAUAGCUAGAGCCUAGGGAUGCUCGAACAUCGUGUCUACAGUAUCACGGACGUCUAUCAAUGAGUCUCGUUUUAAAUCGCCCCUAGAAGAGUGAAUUGGAGUUGUACGAAGGGUAGAUAUAAGGUACUUGAGAACAUAAGAAUUACGCAGCUAUUAAGCUAUACAUUAUUUAUA